AUGCAUGCCUUCCUGCUGCUGAGCUGCUUAGUCCUCGCUGCAACAGAUCACUUCCUUGCCUCCGCCCACAUGAUCCCUGAUGAGAGUCUCACCACAAAGAGCGUUGUGUUAUUUGACGCUCUGUCUCAAAGCCUUGACAUAGCCCCCCCUCCUGUUGUUAUUGUAGAAUUGCCAGAAACAGUGAAGAGGAACAAGAAAACAAAGAAACAAAAAAAGAGAAAGAAGAAGCGCCCUCGUCCUCCUGCUGACUGCGUUCCCCUGGGGGGAAGCUGUAAAUCUUCAAACAAUGUGUGCUGUGAUUUCUGUGCUUUCUGCCAGUGUCGGCUCUUCAGAACUGUCUGCUUCUGUCGGAUGGGAAACCCAAGCUGCUGA